GUUGUAAUCAUUUAGUAAGCUUGUUGAUAUUGGUUAUUGAUAGGGUUUAAAGUCAUCAUAUUGGUCACUACAUAAAAGUCCAAAGAUUGUCGGAAGUGAAUGUUUGAGAGAAACACCAAUAUGGGGACUUGACGCGGAUGCACCAUUACAGCUGUGUGAGAGUUUUUGUAGGGGGCCACGAGCAGUGAUUUCAGCCCGCGCUUAAUCCACAUCACAAACCACCAACGCGGCCGACCGAUCCCCCAGGACCCGCGCUCUCUUCACACCACAUCUGGAUGAAUAUGUGAUUUUCUCGCGCUCGGUUGAAUGUGUAGCUUUAUGCGGGGACGCGCAUCAUACCCGAGCCCAGGCGGAUGAUGGAGAGGAAUUUCCCGAGCUCCGGCUUCACAGAGCCGGUCACCGCGGCGGCGCAGACCGCAGGCUGGGCCUACAAACCCAGCUCCAGUUAUGGUUCCACUCAGCUGGACUCUGAACUUCUCCAACGGCAGACCUUUGUCUCUAGCCACCAGCCCUCUACGUACACUGCCACCCACCAUCCCACAGGAGUGUUUGACUCCAGUCAGCAAAGCACAGCCAGCAGCAACACUACUGAAUCAUCAGUCAUGAACUUCCUCUCUACUAUUGAAUCUCGAGGCCUUCAGGCUGGACCUGCUGGCUCUACUCUUCUCCCUCCUUUUAGAAGCCCUUCGUGGCAAACUGGUGCCAACUGCUCAACCGAACUCUUCCUCACUGGUGCCCUUCAUCCACCUGGAACUUUUCAUACUCCAUCCGUGCUCCCGUCCUAUCAGCACCCCAGUGCCUUUCCUACCAGAAGUUUCACCACUACAUCAGCACUUGCUGUUCCCAACAGUACUUUCAGCUCUUCAAACGGCCUGCUAUCCCCUACCGACCCUCUCCUCCAGCUCAAAUCCUCCCAGAGCACUGUGCCAACCGCACUCGCUUUUGACCGCCUUGGUGGUACGUCUCUAGGUGCUGCCUUGCCACCCCAAUCCUCCACAUAUCGUUCGGCACAAGAGUCUGCACCACACCUCCUUCAGCCUCAGUUUAGCCUGCUGCCCGCAGCCUUAGGCAGCUCCCAACAAGCCCCUCAGCCUUACGGUGUGCCAAUUUUCUCAGGCUCCAUUGAGCGAGCACUUCAGCGUGAAUGUAGUGUUAUCAAGCACCUCCAGCGGCCUUCCAGCACCCAACCAGUCCAGGAAGAAAUGGCUGGCAGUGCUCAGCACUCCCUGCAGGGUUACCUACAUGAAAACAGUGACAUUUCAUAUCAGCAGGACCCUUCUUCAAGUACACCGGUACCCUGCAGUGCCGUUGGCGAAAGUGUUAAUGGUGGUACACAGCGGAAGACCACUUCCCAAGUAACACUGCAGCUAACUCAGGCCUACGCUUCUUCUGUCUCCUCUCCGGGGUUCUCCAGCUCAUCCGGAUUAAAGGUUAAAGAAGAUUCUUACAAAAUAGCACAACAUCCCAGCGACAAUGAAGACAUUGACGUCCAGACAAGCUCCCCAGGUUCGCAGCAACACAACUUUCAAUCCCCAGCCCAAAAACAAAGCUCAGCAAUCUCUAGCCAGUCGCAACCCUACUCAUCUGGCAUGGUGUCCAUUAGCACCGCACAUUCUUACAUCACCUCUCCAAGCCUGACAAGUAACCUCAGCCAAACACAGGCCUUCUCCUCUGAAAAGCUGCCUUCCAUUUACAAGAGUCUCUCAGCAUUCGCUAGUCACUCUGAAGUUGAAACGUCUGCCAACCAGUCUAUUGUUUAUUCUUCCAGUCAACCACAGGAAUUGCCGCCUGCAGGACACAGGGAGGGGUACGAGACCCAGACGCAAACUCUUUGCAUGGUAAGUCCUUCUCAAAGCUAUUCUUCCAGCCACUCUCAGGUCCUGCCAACCAUUAGUUUCUAUACCCAAGGGCCAACUGUCAGCAUCCCUUCACAGAAUUACACAUCGGGUCAGUCCCUAACCCCCAGUACCAACUUCUCACCUGGUCGUGGGCGAAGUUUAUCAUCCGCUAACUCGACCCAGGACUUUGUCCUGACGCAGCAGAGUAACAAGACCGAUAGUGCCCUGUUACAACAAAAGUACUUAUUAUCUGUCCAGUCAUCAACGUCCUCUUCUGCCUCUCAAACCCAAGCCUUAUCAAAUGACCAAUCAUCCUUGGAAAUAAAAUCAGCAUAUGGGAAAAGCGAAGAGGAUGAACACAUGUUUUUGUCUUCUAAAGAGAACCCGGGAGAACUUACUAUCGAGGAUGUGCAGGCGUUACAGAAAGGGACUUCCCCUCAAAGCCUUUCAGGCAAUGAAGUUGAAGCACAAAACAGCACCAAAAAUGUUGUUUACGUACUUUCAAAGAUGGAAGAUAGACACAACACGCAAAGCGUGAUUCGUAGCAAUUCUCGAUCAGAAGAGCAGGUUGUAGGUUUCACACAUUUGGAAACCACAAAGGAAGAAAGAAUGGUUUCUACAAGCCAACAUGCUCAGAUAGUUACCAAUGCUAAUGCUCCCUCCGACUCCAAGAGUAACUCUUUAUUGAUGCACUCCACCCAUGCACACCUGAGUGCCGACCAGCUGAAACAGUACACGCUCCUUCUUAAAGCACCUGGUUCUCAGCAGCAGAACCAUCAUGCUCAGAUGAUCAGAGUUCAACAGGCAGAUCCCAGACAGAUGUCUGAGGACCAGACCCAGUUCAUCCGAGUUCCAAGUGCCCAAGUUCUGAUAGAACCCUCUCACAUGAUUGUUCUCCAACAGCCCGUGCUCACACCGGGACAGAAUCAGCCCAAGCAAGCCAUGUACAUGCAGUCUGUACCAGUCCAGUAUGUCCAGAUGAACAGCGACACUAUUAAUGUGACUAUUAAUGGACGUCACAACCAGCAAGUUGUUCCUCACCAAGUCCCCACUUCGGAGUCUACAAAACAAAACUCAACACAGAAAGACUUUAACCAGUCCAAUCCUGACACAAAGCAGAAUUUUACCCUAAAUUCUGUUUGCUUUCCAGAGUCCAUGCUGUUGGCUGAUGAAAGGAGCAUCCUCUCAAAUGUUGAUGACAUCUUGGCGGCCACCGCGGCCGCAUGUGGCGUCACGCCGCAGGACUUUGUCAAAUCCACAUCUUCUGAUACAGACACGCCUGUGCACACCCCAACAGACUCAAAGUGCCAUUUUCAGUCAGUUGAGAACAGACUUAAUAGCUUCCCUUCUCAUCAUAUGAUAAUUGGGAACUCGCAAACUGUAACUAUAAACGGUUCUCAGAUAUUGUUCUCUAAAGACGCAGACGGACAGCAGGUGUUUACAGUUUCAAAUUCUCACAACCAACAGGAGGUUAGCAACAGUUCUGCACAAGAUAUAUCUGGCAAGGUAGUAGUUUCUCAAAAUGAUGCAUUCCCCAAAGGACAUUUUUUAGACAAUGGCUCUGUUUUGAAUGCUAACGGUCUUGCUAUUAGCAACACAACCUCUGAUUUUCAUUUGGCUGGUCAGGAGUAUAGCCCAUCAGAGCAUGGGAAUUCCGAAAAUGUGUCGAAUACCAAGCAUCAGCCAAAGGUAACGCAAGGCAUUAAAAUAGACAACGGUCCAACUGAACAUCCCAUUGACGGUCUUCCAAAAAAACGAUCCAGGUGGAAAAGUUCAUCCAAACAGUCUUUUGAGGAUGAAAAUGGUCAACCCAAAUCUCAGAAGAGAACCGCGCAAACUAAGCGACAAAAUUCACGUCCAAAUGAAGCAAGUUCAACCACAGAUGUUUGCCCUGAUAGCUACCAACAGCAGGAGAAGAUGAAUCAGAAGUUAAGGGAAGUCGAAGAAAAACAGCCGGAGGUCAAAACCGGAUUCUUGGGCUCUUUCCUGGACUUCCUCAAAUCUGGACCCAGGCAGCACCUUUCAUCUCAACCAGUACGAACACCCAGUCGAACUAGAAAGUCUUCGGUCUCAAAGAGGACUCCUAAUCCGAUACUUGCUCCUUUUAAACCUCCACCACCUUCAACCCCAUUGACGUCUCCAGAUCCUCAGAGUGUCAUUGCUACGAAGCGACUUGACGAAGAUCUGCAGAGGAACCUGGAAACACUGCCAUCGUUUUCUUCAGAUGAAGAUGAUUCAGUGGGUAAAAACCAAGAUCUGCAGAUGAGCAUCACUUCGGCACUCUCGUCUUUAGACGAGCCCUCAGACAAAAAGCAGAAGUCAGGUGAUUACACACAGCACAUUCAGUCCUCCAGCACGCAGCCUACAGAUGUCAAGCCACAGGAACAACAGAACGCUGUACAGAUUUCUACUGAGGAACUCUUGAAAGACGUAACACCAGACAAGCUCGCUGUUCAACUGACUACAGUUGCUAUAGAGGGUCUGAUGGAAGAUGAGCUGUCAGAUAGUGGAGGAGAGGGCAUGUACCGGGAACGGGAUGAGUUUGUGGUGAAGAAUGAAGACAUUGAAAGACUGAGGAUCACAUUGAUAGCAGGGGUUGAACCACCAGCCAUAUGGAAAGUUCAGAAAGCCCUGCUGCAGAAAUUCGUACCAGAGCUUAGGGAUGGAAAACGGGUGUUUUUUGCCACCAACAGCUAUUUGGGGUACUUUGGUGAUGCUAAAUCCAUGUACAGAAGAGUACACGUCAAAUUUCUUGACACCGUCAACAAGCGAGAAUAUGUUCGAGUCUGCAGCAGGAAACCACGAUGCAAGCCCAUGCAUUCGAUGAGAGGUUCCCAGGCUAAAGCUCUUCUGGCCCAGCGAUUCACAAGUGCGAUUGUGUCCGACUCUCCCACACAGAAAACCGCACAACAGAAAUCUCUGUCUAAGCCCAGACCCAGGCAGCUGAAAGCCAAGGCCGAACCUCCACCCAAAAAGAGAAAGAAAUGGAAAGAGGAGUUUCCCACAUCUCCCUGCAGCUCUUCACCGGAGGCUCUGAGUGAAGAUGAUGAGUUUACGCCUCCGGUUCCUUUCGCCUCUCGUUUUCUAAACACCAGAACGAUGAAGGAGACCUUCAAGAGCUUUGUAGAGCUGCUGAUCAGUGUAGCCCUGAACGCAGAUGUCAUGAACUCACUGGAGAGAGAGAACGAUGAGCUGCUGUUACCUCACAUGAAGAGGGUGGAUGGGAUGAUCACGGAUAAUAGACGGAGACUGCUGCCCAAACUGCGCAUGGGUCAGAUCUUCAAAAAUGCAUUAGACAGCUUUCCUGAGUUGUCUGUGGCAACCGAGCUGAACACGGACUGUGAGACCCCCGUUUUUAAAGUGAGACUAAGUGGAAGGGCGUACAACAGGAAAACCAUGAAGCCCUCCAAGUCCCCAAGCAAAGUUCCCCUGGAAUAUACAGUGGAUCAGCAGAAGACAAAGUGGUUUUCUCUUUAUCAUUCUCUACAACACUAUAAGUACCAUACAUACCUGAUGUGUAUGGAGGAGAUCGAGUUGUUGAAAUCUCGAGGUAAGGACCUUGGGCAGGAGGACACGGUGCAGACGUGCAUGGAGAACAGGGCGUGGGUAGAGGGUCUGUUCGAUCGCUUCGGGGAGCUUCUGACACAGGUGCAGCAGGCCUGCCUUUAACAGAAGAUUCGAUUAUGCUGAUAGACAACCAUGCACAUAGCGAGCAUUCAUAAACCCUGCUUUUUCGGGUGUUUUCACACCUGAGCAUGUGUUUUGGAACCUGGUGCGUUUUCUCCCUUGGUUCGGUUCGUUUAGACAUAUAUGGGCCCGAUUACGAACACUGGAGCGGUUCUCUGUGUGAAUAAGUGUGAAAGCAAUCCGACCUAACGGACUAGGCUUUAUGAUGUAGAUGUAUAAAAUAUAUAUUGAGCAACAGAAACCUCAUAACAUGUCAAAUCUGCAAAUUUAUUUAUAUAAUAGCAGCAUGCAUGAAAGCACAAAUGAGGUUUAUCUAUUCUGAUUUUCCACUAUGAUACCCAUAAAAAAAUUCAUGACCACAAAAUGGUUUACUUCAAUAAAAAAUGUUUUAUAUAUUAUUAUAUAAAAUUAUAUAUUAACAAAGUUUGUCCGUUUGGAAAUACUGCCUUGUGAAUGCGAACCGAACCAAGUUGAAAUUGCAACGUUGUAGCGAUUUAACCCCUGUUUUCGGAGCAAAGCAAUUGAUCUACAGAUGUGAAAACACCCUUCAAAGCAAUGCUGAGGACAGAGAUCGAGGAGACGAGACGAGUGAUGGUUUUAACAAACGGAUAGAAAUUGACCAAAAUGGCUGACCGUGAGACGGUGGACUUGAACUGUGGUUUUACAUGUAAUCCUGCUUUUUUGUUUUAAAUAGCUGGCUAAACUCGCUGUAGUUGAGUAUUGUCUUCAUUGAAUCAUCGUCUGUGCCCUUUAUUUUUAUAUCCAUAAAGAGUUGAUGCUGGUCUGUAAUGCGAUACAGAAUGUCUUGCUGAGAAUUUUUAAACCCUCUAUGGUUUAAAAAAGUAUAAUGGUUAACAUAAAGAUACUGUAUACAUAGAGAUAUAUGUAAGACAUCCAUUUUUUACAACUGAAUGCCAAAUUUAUAAAUGUACAUUUUGUAUAGAAAACUGGUUUGUCAGAGGAUUCUCUUACAGAUGACAUAAUAUAGAACACUUACCCCAUGUGCUUUUUACGCUCCUUUUAUAACAAAGGUUAUAGAUUUGGAGUUGGUGCAAUUCUAAUACCGCUUUUGUGAUAUUUUCUUGUAAUAAAAAGCAUUUACUAUUUUUCCUGAGGGAAAUUCUCUACAUGUUUUUUUUCUUUUCUCAAAGCAUUUAUUUUAUGUCACAGACAGGUGUCUUUUUCAAGGAAGGAAAUAUUGUGAUCAUUUGUCCUACAUUUGUAGGUGGCCUUUACGUUUUAAUGUCGUAUGCAUUGUAUACUUUACACCAUAUAUAGAAAGUUUCUUUGUUAGGUGAUGUUUGUCACGAUUUGAAACAAACGAGAGCAUUGGAUUAGUCUUUUGCUUUUCAGGUGUAGCUGUGUUACACACUACAAUGUGAAAAUAAACAUUUCAUAUGAACUGAGA